UUCAAAAAGAAGUUCUCCCUGUAUGAUGACCUGGGAGUGGAGACCAGUGACUCAAAAACUGAAGGCUGGUCCAAAAACUUCAAGCUUCUGCAGUCCCAGCUCCAGGUGAAGAAGACAGCUCUCACUCAAGCAAAGAGCCAACGGACAAAACAAAGUACAGUCCUUGCACCAGUCAUCGACCUAAAGCGAGGAGGCUCCUCAGAUGACCGGCAGAUUGUAGACACACCACCUCAUGUAGCCGCUGGGCUGAAGGACCCUGUGCCCAGUGGCUUUUCUGCUGGGGAAGUUCUGAUCCCCUUAGCUGAUGAAUAUGAGCCUAUGUUUCCUAAUGAUUAUGAGAAAGUUGUGAAACGCCAGAGAGAAGAGCGACAGAGGCAGCGGGAGCUGGAAAGACAGAAGGAAAUAGAAGAAAGAGAAAAGAGGCGUAAAGACAGGCAUGAAGCCAGUGGGUUUUCAAGACGGCCAGACCCAGAUUCUGAUGAAGAUGAAGAUUACGAGCGAGAGCGGAGGAAAAGAAGUAUGGGAGGAGCUGCCAUCGCCCCACCUACUUCUCUUGUAGAGAAAGACAAGGAAUUACCCCGAGACUUUCCUUAUGAAGAGGACUCAAGACCUCGAUCACAGUCUUCCAAAGCUGCUUUUCCUCCCCCAGUGUAUGAGGAGCCGGAUCGACCAAGAUCUCCAACCGGCCCCAGCAACUCCUUCCUUGCUAACAUGGGUGGCACAGUGGCUCAUAAGAUCAUGCAGAAGUAUGGCUUCCGGGAAGGCCAGGGACUGGGGAAGCACGAGCAAGGGCUGAGUACUGCAUUGUCAGUGGAGAAGACCAGCAAGCGGGGCGGCAAGAUCAUUGUGGGUGAGGCGACGGAGAAGGGCGAGGCUCAGGAUGCAUCCAAGAAGUCAGAUUCAAAUCUAUUAACUGAAGUACUUAAGUGCCCUACGAAAGUGGUCCUGCUGAGGAACAUGGUUGGUGCAGGAGAGGUUGAUGAAGACUUGGAAGUUGAAACCAAGGAAGAAUGUGAAAAAUAUGGCAAAGUUGGAAAAUGUGUGCUAUUUGAGAUUCCUGGUGCCCCUGAUGAUGAAGCAGUACAAAUAGUUUUAGAAUUUGAGAGAGUUGAAUCAGCAAUUAAAGCUGUUGUUGAUCUGAAUGGGAGGUAUUUUGGUGGAUGGGUAGUUAAAGCAUGUUUCUACAAUUUGGAUAAAUUCAGGGUCUUGGAUCUGGCAGAACAAGUUUGACUGUAACCUAAAGUCGCCUCCUUGAUACUUACGUGAGCUGCAGACUGAGCAAUGAAACAGGCAUCAGCCUCCACGGUUGUUGGACACAGACUCUUGGAUGGGCUUCUAAGAUA